GCAGCAGAAGAAGAAGAAGAAGAAGACAUGGCGAAGAGCGGUCGAUCAACUCACUUCUGGAACAACGAAGAGACCGAACUCAUGCUCGGCCACCUGAAGGAGCUGGGCAUCCUCAGGUUCAUAGAUGGCAGGAAAACCCGGAAUGGUGAUCUGUUCAAAAAGGUGCAGGAACACAUGGCCAGAGCGGGAUACAAGAGGACGGCGGAGCAGAUCCGCAUCCGCUGGAAACACCUGAAACAGGCGUAUUACCGCGCCAGGAGGAAGGAACACCACACAGAUGCUCCAGCCGCCGGGCCCUGCCCGUUCUCUGGCGUGAUGGAGGAACUGCUGGGGAGCCAACCUCCAAUAUCAGUGGAUUCUCCAAAACCAGAGUAUGCAGGACCACAUUGUAAACCUCAUGGACAGAAGAACAACAGACUAACACGGGUUAAAAGUGAGGACACAUCAGAGGAAGAAGCCUCCUAUACUUUGCCGAUCUUCAACCCACCAGGCCACAUGUCCACUCUUAACCCCCAACUAUCCAUCAACCAGCAGAGAACCAUUUGCUCUCGUCUAGGAGGCGUCAGGCUCAAUCUGCUCUACAAGGCCAGCGUCCACGGUUUCACUGCGGAAGACUUCCACGAGCAAUGUGACAACCUGGCUCCCACCGUGUCAGUGGGUUACAAUGCCUCAGGUUACGUGUUUGGAGGCUACACGAGACAACCUUUCUGCCAGUCUGGAGAGUACGUGAAUGAUAAUCAGGCCUUCCUCUUCACUUUCAGUGGAGAAAAGCUCUGCACGUUUCCACCUUCUAAUGCUGCAUGUGCAGUAAAAAUGGAUAGUAAUUCUGGUCCUUAUUUUGGAGAAGCUUUGGUUCUUGUCAGUGGAAGCAAUCCAAUAGCGUACAGCGAUCCAGGAGGUUAUUAUCCAUUCAACCCUGUGAAAAUGCAUGGCAACGACCUGGACCUGACUGAGUGUGAAGUCUACCAGCUGGAGGGGACCACUGAACCAGAAAAACCAUGGAGGACUGUAAUCUGGGAAUCUGACAUGAGGAGGGAGCUGAUGGAGAGCAUUCAGUCCUACGAACCAACCGUCAGCUCCAUUUCUCAGGCUCGGGUUUUACUCAUUGGACCAGUUGGAGCUGGAAAGUCCAGCUUUUUUAACUCCGUCAACUCUGUAUUCAGAGGCCACGUCACCAGCCAGGCAAUUUCUGGCUCUUCUACCACCAGCCUGACAACACAGUUUCGCAGCUACUCUGUGAAGGCUGGACGAGGAGGAAAACCUCUGCCAAUCCUCCUGUGUGACACCAUGGGACUGGAGGAAAGUAAAGGGGCGGGGCUUGACAUAGACGACAUCAGCAGCGUCCUCAAAGGUCAUCUGCCUGAUUAUUACCAGUUCAACCCGUCUGCUCCUCUGCAUUCGGAGGCUCAAUGCUAUCGCAAGUCUCCAGAUCACAAAGACAAGAUUCACUGUGUGGUUUACGUCAUCGAUGCCUGCAAGAUCUCCAUCAUGACCCCACAGCUGCAGGAGAAGCUGGACGCCAUCCGCAGAAAAGUCAACUUGAUGGGGAUUCCUCAGCUGGUGUUGCUCACUAGGAUAGACGAAGCCUGCCCUUUGGUGAAAGAAGAUUUGAGAAACGUCUACAAAAGUCUCUACAUUAAGAAUCUGAUGCAGGAGGUCAGUUCUCGGCUCGGCAUGCCGAUGUCCUGCGUUGUACCAGUGAAGAACUACAGCGAGGAGUUGGAGCUGGACAUGAACUGCGACAUCCUGCUGCUCAGCGCCAUCACACAGAUGCUUCGAUUUGUUGAUAACUACUUUGAUGAGCUCAGUGACCGACUGAACUGUCCGACUGAGCUGUGUUGACAGUCAAGAUUAGGGGAACUGUGAUAACACUUCGCUUGGAAACAUCCCAGAGAAGCGGUUUCAGGAGAAAGACAUUGAAUUUUGCUGAUCAACUUGUUAGUACAUUCCAAGAUUUUAUGUCUUCCUUCACCAUUUAAACCUGUGAUACAUUUCAAAAUCAUAUAUAUAUAUAUAUAUAUAUAUAUAUAUAUUAGGGGUGUAACAAUAUCUCGUGCCACGAAAUUUUGCGAUGCAAAAACGUCACGAAACGCGCCUCGACCCGCGGACCAAAAUCUUACUCCACUCAGAAGAAACUAGUACCGUUUUGCAGUCCCGUUUUGAGCUCUGAACCUUUACUUAUGUAAGGUUGUUGUAGAGUUAAGCCUUACCUUAUUAAAUUAAACCUUUUUGGGGUCGUGAGUAGGAUAAACAUGGGGACAACUUCUGCUGAGUUCCAGUGUACUUUAAUGUCCCUCAACAGUGUAGGAUUUUAGAACAUCAACACAGCACCUAGUGCCGUACUGUGGCGUAUCACUCCGCCCAAUCUAAAACAGACUAAUCACUACAGAUAAACUGACUAGUUUAAUUAUAGUCCCUGAUUUUUUUACAUCUGAAUAUAAAGAAUAUAUUUAUAAAAUAAUGAACCCUGAAUUACCAAAAUAACCUUCUUAACAAAAAUAAAUCUCCUCUUACACUUAUAAGGUGAGCAUGAAUAAAUCUUUUUUAUGAUGUCAAAUUGUAUGUAUUUAUUUACUUGUAUUUAUUUAUUUAAUUUUAGUUGUUAAAUUUCUGGAAAAGAAAAAAGUCAAAUUAUACAUCAGAGAAACUAUUCAGUUUGUGGCAAAAUAUUUUUACUUGUAUGAAACUGAAGAUGCAUAAUGCAAACCUGACAUUUACUUUUAGUUCAGUUUGUGGAAAAUGGUUGGCCUGGCUUUCUCUUUAAAACUUAAACAGUUAUAAAGUAUUACAAACUGUAACAAUAAGGCAAACGCACAGUAUUGUUUUGUAUUUUGUGUCUUUCAAAUAAAAGACAAUUUUUUUCCAGUCAUAUGUUCCUCAUUCAAGGUUGUUAAAAAAAUACUGCUAUAAUAUCGUAUCGUUAUCGUGACCUCAAUAUCGUGUAUCGUACCGUAUCGUGAGAUUAGUGUAUCGUUACACCCCUGAUAAAUAUAUAUAAAUAUAUAUAUAUAUAUAUAUAUAUAUAACUGCAAACCUGGUGGAAACGACCAACAGUUCAAAGUACCAGUCACUUUUAUACCACGGGACUAUAUUUUUUCCACUGGAUCCUUGCCUCGCUUAGGAUGCUGGGAAAUUAGGCUCAAAUAUUUAUAUAUUUAGGCCCUCAAGGUCGCUGUGUUUGAAAUGCCUGUUCCUAACUUGUUUACAUAUGUUAACUUGCAUUAGGUCAGGGGUGUCCAAAGUCGGUCCUCGAGGGCUGGUGUCCUGCAUGUUUUAGAUGUGUCCCUUUGUUUUUUUUUUAUCAAACCGUGAUACAAGGAGCUUGGUCAUCAACAGAACUAUCCAGGCUUUGAUGACAAGGUGGUGACGACCGUUAAUUAGAAUCAGGUGUGUUGAUGCAGGGAAACAACUAAAACAUGCAGGACACCGGCCUUCGAGGACACCCCUGCAUUAGGUAUUGUGUUUAAAUAAAAAAGUCUGGGCCACGGAGUAGUUUGGUGGUUCACACUGUCGCCUCACAGGUAGAAGGUUUCUGGUUUGAAUUCCAGCAGAGGAUUUCAGGUCUUUCUCAGGGUACUUCAGCUUCCUCCACCAGUAUAAAUCCCACAUAUGGGUGUGUGGUUUGUUUUAUAUGUGAUGUGAUGGACUAGAGACUUCAUCCUGUGAACAACCAAUGCUAGCUGGAGUCAUUGUCAGUGUUUUAUCAGAUUAGAUAGUCAGGGUUUAAGAGCUCAUGAACACAUCCUCAUUCAGUCAGUACGUUUACAUGCAGCAGUUCAAUCGGGUUGCAGAUCGUAUCAGAUAAUGACAUGCAGAAGAUCGGAUCACUUGUCUGAGUGUAUGCUGUUCAGAGAUCAGACUGAAUAACCCACUGAUAACCAGAGCAUGGCUGACUCCGUGACGCUAGGUGGCGCUGUACCCAAGGUAACCAUUUCAACAAAGAGCCACUUCCGGUCGACCUCCGCGUUCCUACUUUUACGCCCAUCCAUGAACCUCAAAAUGUUUAACUCCUGUAUCUGCCGUAGCAGAAAACGGGUCUCCUCGUCCGACCAAAAAUUAGUUGCUCUUCCUGAAGACAUGUUUGAAGAAUAAAAGAAUGGCUGAACACGCGCCGCCUCCUUUUCAACUACUGAGCACGCGCCGUCUCCUUUCACUUCCGGGUGAAUCCCCUCCCGCUGGUGAGACCCCCCCCCCCCCCAGAGUAAAUUCUCGAGCAUGCGCAGACUGCAACAUCAGAUGUCCCUGUAUACCCUCCUGAGACCCUGCGUUCUCAUAUGAGGACAUUACAUUUCUUUCUGUUCUGCGCCAUGAUACUUCAUUUGUACGAACAUUGACCCAUUGUCCUCAUCCGGGACCCCCGCCUGCAACAUCUAGUGGUCUCAUAAUGAAAUCACACUAAUUUGGGAAAAAACAAGAUGGCUGGGAUCUCAAUGAAAGUCUUCUAUGGCAGCUCCCGACAGAAAUAUGGACAACGUAAAAAUCCUAACCUAAUUUUAUGAUUGAAACUAGUAUAUUUAUGCACAAUAACGUCUGCAGCUUCACAUGGCAUGCUGUUUUGAUAUAUUUGAGUAAUAUUAGCAAGCUACAAUGUUUGUAAACAUGAAGUACUCGUUUGACGACAUCAGGUCUAUCUUCACUGCAAACACGUAAAUUCUUUCCAAGAACAUUUGUCUUUAUUUCUUGCCCAAAUGUCCAAUUUCUAGUCAAAAUAAGUCUCAUUACACUUAAAAUACUUGUUUUUAGAUUUCCAUUUGUUUAAAGCACAUUUUCACUAGAAAUAAGUAGAAUAAUCUGCCAGUGGAGCAAGUUUUUAUUUCCUUGUAAUAGGAAAGAAAAAAAGUGAAAUGAUAUAUAAAUAUAAAUGAUAUUGAGAUAUAACCUAAUACCCAUGUUUUUACUCUGUAGCACUUUAUUUCAUUCAAAAUGCUGAGUAUAUUGCAAAUAAAAUGUAUCAUAUUUGUAUUACUAGAACCUGACCAGGGUGUGCAAGGAUGCAGGGCAGGACCAAGAAAGGGAAAUAGAGAGAAAAUAAACCCAUUGUCCUCAUGUGAGGUCAUUGGAUUUGACAUAGUACAUAGAAAGUAGCACAUAGAAAGCAAAAAUGUAAUUUCAACAAAAAUUAGGUCCUACUGAUCCCAAAUAGUAAGGAGACAUGAAAAAUGCACAUCAAACAAAAGCCCGGGUCUCAGGAGGAUACAUGGCGUUAACAACCCGAUUGCGACUGGGUUAUCUAGGUGCUCCAACUCGAUUAAUGAAUGUCCCACAUAGGUCCAAACUAGAUCGGGUUCAGGUGUUUACAUGCAGUUUAAAAGUCUGAACGAUGUCUUAUACGAUCUGCAACCCGAUUGAAUUGCUGCAUGUAAACGUGCUGAGUGAUACACUAACGUUUAAACUUGUAUGUGACGAACAUGAAGUGGAUGAGAGAAUGCUUGAGAGAGUUCAUGCUGGGACCUGGUUUCUGGGAGAGUACUGGACCCAGGUGGGGCAGGGGCCGGGGCCGCCGGUGAAAUCUGAGGUUUAAUGGUCCUGUAUGCAACAACAGAAUCACUGAGGGGAUUUUCUUGGGGUGCUGUGUUUGGCCAGUUCAAUACAUGGCGCAUCACAUGGGGGCUUCACUUCACUCCACCCAGAGUAAAGAAACAGGCCAUAUCAGAGGUGAGAUGUACCUUGACCUUUGACCUCUCGACUCAUGUGUUUCACUGGAUGUUAAACUGUCAUGAAGUUGAUGGAAAAUAGGUUUAUUGAGGAGGGUGUUAGUCUUGUUCUCUAUAAUUACAAGGACUAGUCCUUUGUCCAGUUGAUUUUUUUCACAAUUGGUUUAAAAAUAUCCCAGAUGCUGCAAAAUCUGUCUCUGUUUAUUUAUUUAUACUUUUAUUGCAAUAAACCUUUUUAUGCAUUUAAUAGUUGGCUAUGGAGCAAUCCUUUCACAGACAUCGGCAGGAGACGGGUAGAGAGAGAUAGAACAAACCCAAUUCACGAGCACAGCAACUUCCUUUUCGUGUGUGUGUGUAUAUUUCUAUAUAUUUGCAUGAGCUACAAUGUUUUUACAGUGUGAAAGUAAAUUUACAAUAAAGCAGUCUGAACAGUAACACAUCCACUAAUAUUAAAAUACAGUAUAA